AUGUCCAUCGUCAGCGUUCCUGUGGAGAUACUCGAGGACAUCGUGUCCUACCUGUCCGGGAACGACAUCCUCAAGUUUGCUUCCACCUGCCGGGCAGCAUAUGCUUGCGCGUUGCCCACAAUACUUAGGGACGUUUCCUUGGGCCACCGCACCAAGAAAGAGGUCGGCGAACAGCUGCGCUCGUUUUGCUACUGCGUCUUGGCCGACCUUCCGCAGCGGGCGUCCUAUAUCAGGACGUUGACCUUCGGAGCGCUUACCAUCCAGGACGGCAAGGACACAUGCACGAAACAGGACUACGUGUUGGCGGACCACGUCGCGCGCAUCAUAUCGCUUGCGACAGGGUUACGCGUACUGGUGGUGGAUGGUGCAGAACGUCUGUUCUCCAGCGCACCCUCCCAGGUCACCGAGGCGAUCACCUCACUCAAGAACCUCUCCGAGAUUCACCUCGAGGGAUACGCCGGCCCUCAUGCGCUGCGUGUGCUCGCUGAGAUGCACAGUCGACCAACGGUUGUCAGGUUGACCUCCUUCGACGCGCCGACGUGCUACCUCGUCCCCGGGCGCGACCGCCUCCUGCACAACUUCACGCAGUCCCUCGUGCGCCUCACCCUCGUCAACAACCACGACCUCGUCCAGGCGCUCGAGCCCACCCGCCUGCCCGCCCUCGCGCGCGCGUUUCCGGAGGUGCGGCAGCUGGAGGUGUGCGCACGGUGCACCGAGGAGAAGGUCGGACGCGAUCUCUGGACGCGCCUGGAGUCCGUCUCGCUCGAUCGCCCCGUCCCGCUCUGUCGCCCCGUCCCGCAUGUGGAGCUCGUUGGCGCGGAGUGGGUGGAAGAGCAGUUCGGACUCGCCCUCGAGACGAUGGCAGGGAUGGCGCCGACGACGCUGACGUGCCGGGACGUGGAUCUGUCACUGGACCAUUGGGCGGUAGCGCAGCUGGUGAAGUCCGUGGCGCGGAGCGUCAGGGCGCCUUUGAACGCCGUUGUCGUCCCUGUGGAUGAUACAUGCACUGAUACCCCCGGCGACGAGAACUGGGCGUAUUCCAGCGCAAAGAACAUAUUAGCGAUGCUGGACUUAGCCUAUGGGAUCGCAGAGCGGAUCUCUACCCUGCUCUAUGUCGGGCUGGAUACAGGCGAGCGUUCCUCACACAGGACGAGGUGGUACAAGGUCGUGUCACGAGACCCCGACCACCUCGAUAUCAAACGACUGAGGGAGUGUGAGAGCAGGGAGGUUGAGGGGAUGUUUGCAGGAUCUUCUGAUUAG